AACACAUUCAUAUUUAAAGCUAGUGGCUUUUUGUACCUCUGGUAUAAAAUAACACAACGGGUUAAACUACACAAAUAAACAACGUGUUUAUUUUCAAGUUGUCAAAUGAGCGUAUGUCAAAUACUUAUUCCACUUUGUGUAAUGCAAAGCGUGUUUAUUCAAUUAGAAACUGAUUAGGGAAAUGUCUAAACCAAUAACUUUUGUCACUGGUAACGCUAAAAAGCUAGAGGAACUAGUUGCCAUAUUGGGUGAUAAAUUUCCUCGAAAAGUUGUAAGCGCAAAAAUAGAUCUUCCUGAAUUGCAAGGGACAAUUGAAGAGAUUGCUUUGAAUAAAUGCAGAGAAGCAGCAAAGCAAGUGGACGGGCCCGUGCUGGUGGAAGACACGAGUUUAUGUUUCAACGCUUUGGGAGAUCUGCCAGGGCCUUACAUCAAAUGGUUUCUUGAAAAGUUACAACCUGAGGGAUUGCAUCGUAUACUAGCUGGCUGGGAUGACAAAACUGCCAAGGCAAUAUGUACCUUAACGUAUGCUGAAGAUUGCAAUAGUGAACCCAUUACUUUUUCCGGUGUAACAGAAGGUACUAUUGUCGAGCCUAAAGGUUCCCGUGAUUUUGGAUGGGAUCCUAUUUUUCAACCAAAAGGCUACCAAAUAACUUAUGCCGAAAUGCCAAAAGAGGAGAAAAAUAAAAUUUCGCAUCGUUAUCAAGCGUUAAGUGCCUUACGGGCACACUUUCUACAAAAAAAUGGCGACUAGUUUUUAUGUAAAAAG